UGCUUUCCACAAGGACAAGCACCACCUCUCUGUGCAACCCCCAAGAAGCCACCACACGGAGAUCUCUUCCUGCGGUACAAAGAAGGUGACAUCCUCACCUCGGUUCAGUAUCUGUGCUAUAAACCUUACAAGCUCAAGGGAGCAUCUCAGCGGGCAUGCCUUCCCAAUGGCACUUGGAGUGGCAGUGCUCCUGUAUGCAUAAAGGUGACCAUAAAAGACUGUCCACCUCCACCACAACUCCACAAUGGAUACGUCACUGAGGUUUCAGGCUCUGAUGGCAGAAUAAAAUAUGUUGAAUAUUUCUGCAACAAUACAUAUAUUCUCAGUGGAGACUCAAAAAGAACAUGCCAGAAGAACGGGACCUGGAGCGGCAGUCAGCCCCUGUGUGUCAGAGCUUGUAGAGAACCUAAAGUUUCUAAACUUGUGCAGCAGAAGGUCUUGAAAUACCAACCUCCUUCUAGGAAAAGUCCAGUCCACAAGCUGUACUCUGCAUCCAGUCAGGGAGGGACUGAAGCAGACACACUGGAGAAAGCCUUUUCUGUUUUUGGAGAUUUGCCACCAACUUUCCACCAUGUGUACACCAGCAUAGAAUAUGAGUGUGUUUCAGCGUUUUACAAGCAUUCUGGUAGUGCACGCCGCACAUGUCUAAAGACUGGCAAGUGGAGUGGACGUCAUUUCUCCUGUUCACCAGUAUGCGGUAAAUUGCCAGCUGCCAGGCCCCAGAAUUUCACAGAGAUUCACUGGCCAUGGCAUGCUGCCAUAUAUACCCGUCUGUACAAUGCCAGCCCUCUUAUGGCAAGGACCAAAAGACAGGGGGACACGUUUGCCAUAGAUGAGGAAGAGGAGGGAGAGGAAGAUAAAGAAUGGAUUAAGAAGGACCAGGGAUGGCAGCUCGUCUGCAGCGGGGCUCUGGUCAACCAGCACUGGGUCGUGGUGGCUGCUCAUUGUGUGACGGAGCCUGGACAGACUGAAGCGCUCAGUACAGAUGAUCUAAAUGUAGUGAUGGGAAAACAUUACCUCAGUGACCUUAGAGAGAACAAGAGACUACAGCACAUACAGAUCUCUCAGAUCUACAUCCAUUCGAACUACGAUCCACAUGUCUUAGACUCUGACCUGGCCAUACUGAAGCUGGCGGACAAAGCUCGAAUCAGUGAGUAUGUGUCCCCUGUGUGCCUGCCGCGUCUGCAGGGUGGAGAGGUCACUGCAAAGCAGGCCUUCCUCACCGGCUGGCCCGUAGCAGGCCAACACAGGACACACACAGACUCCGAGGCCGCCCGGACCGGACUGAUAGAAUUAGCUGAUGUGGUGAAGUGCGAAAGGCAAUUCAGCAAACACGGGGUACCGAUCAGUAUGACUGACAACAUGCUAUGUGGACGCCAACAUCCACUCAGCCCGUCCAUGAUCUGCCCUUCUGAAACCGGAGGGAUCAUUCUUUCUCUCUCUGCUGAUUCCCAACCCACUUUAGGGCUGGAGCCUUUCCCCCCCGGCAGAUCAGAAGAUGCUGAUUCUCAUCAUGCUUGGGAACUGCUGGGGCUAGUGAGCUUCGGAUAUGAUCUGCGGGGCUGUAAUCCAGAUUUGUACACUAUCUACACACGGGUAGUAAACUUUAAGAACUGGAUCGAAAAGAACAUUACAUAGAGCUUUAGAUCAAAUAUUAUAGCAUGAUUGUCCGUAUAGCAUUUUCGGUCACACUUUAUUUUAAGGUCCAAUUUUCACCAUUAACAAACC